AUGCGCAAGGUGUCCCAAUCCACCUCCUCCCUUGUGGACACAACCAUCUCCAGCACCUCCCGGCCCCAAGCCAUUAGCACUAACUCUGACCUCCCCUUGCUCUGCAAAGCAGCUGCACCCCAGAUCCUGCGCAUCAAGGAGCUGCCCAUCCUGCAGCUGAAGGAGCCGCCGCCCUCAGUGCUGGAAGCGGAUCUGACUGAGUUUGACGUGGCCAACUCCCACUUGCCGUCCGAGGUGCUGUACAUGCUGAAGAACGUCCGGGUGCUGGGCCAUUUUGAGAAGCCGCUGUUCCUGGAGCUCUGUAAGCACAUGAUCUUCCAGCAGUUCCAACAGGGCGAGUACGUCUUCCGGCCUGGCCAGCCCGACACCAGCAUCUACGUGGUGCAGGAUGGCAAGCUGGAGCUCUUCUUGACCCAGCAGGACGGGAAGGAGACCCUGGUGAAGGAGGUGUUCCCCGGGGACAGUGUGCACAGCCUGCUCAGCAUUCUUGACGUCAUCACGGGGCACCAGUGGCCGUACCGGACAGUGUCUGCGCAGGUGGGCGAGGACUCCACAAUGCUGCGGCUGCCGGUCGAGACCUUCUCUGCCGUCUUCGAGAAGUACCCCGAGAACCUGGUGCGGGUGGUGCAGAUCAUCGUGGUGCGUCUGCAGCGGGUCACCUUCCUGGCCCUGCACAAUUACCUGGGGCUGACCAAUGAACUCUUCAGCCCUGGAGCUGGGCAGUGCUGCUGUGUUUGA